CCUAGUAGUACCCUGCUUCGCCAUUGCGGAUCUCUACUAGUGUCGUAGCCCGGGACGAUCCAUCUUCUUCAUAUGCGGACACACUGCAGUGUGUGUGUGUGUGUGUGUGUGUGUGUGUGUGUGCGUGUGUGUGUGUGUGUGUGUGUGUGUGUGUGUGUGUCAGCAUGGCAGCGGCGUGACAAUGGUGCAAGAUGCGUGGACACGCUGAAGGAAUGAACGCGCUCCCGUCGUCCUCGUCAUUGAUUUGGAACAUCCGGCUCUGACCUCCACUCUCUCCCGUGUGUCCACCCCCCGUGUUGCGGCAUCGCCAGGUUCUCUAGUGACUGGAGCGGGACUUCUCUGAAGGACAAUGCCGGUGAACGCGCUGCCCCGGGCGGCCACCAGCGGCCAAGGGGGCUCCCUCAGCCCCGCGUCGCUCUCGCGCAGCCUCUCCCGGCUGAGGGAAUACCGGACUCGGACCCGGAUCAUGCUGGCCCUGGGGGUCUCCCAGAUGGUCCUGGGCAGCCUCAUCCUGGCCGUCAGCUUCGCGGCUCUGGCGCUCACCACGUCGCCCAGGGUCCGACACUCGUGCCCGUUCUGGGCUGGCUUUUCAGUUCUUCUCUCGGGGCUAAUUGGAGUGGUUUCAUGGAAGAGGCCGCUCUCAUUGGUGAUCACAUUCUUCAUGUUGUUGUCAGCAGUUUGUGUGAUGCUCAACCUGGCAGGCUCCAUCCUUUCCUGCCAGAACGCUCAGCUGGUCAACUCACUGGAGGAAUGUCAGCUGCUCAAGUUCGACAGCGACGGAGUGUGUGUGUGCUGCGAGCUCCAGCAACAGAGCUCGAGCUGCAACAACCUUGGAGAGACGCUGAAACUUAACCCCCUGAGGGACUGCAAUACCAUACGCUUGCGACUCAAGGAGCUGCUGUUCAGCGUGUGUGCUCUCAACGUCAUCUCCACCAUAGUUUGUGCCCUCGCCACAGCCAUGUGCUGCAUGCAAAUUGUCUCCACCGAUGUGCUGCAGAUGUUUAUGCCACACCGAACACGAGCUCUGAAUGCUGACUGUGUGACUCCCCAUGGAACCAUCAUCCACCAAACACUGGACUUUGAUGAGUUUAUUCCUCCCAUUCCCCCACCACCUUACUACCCCCCUGAGUACACCUGCACACCCUCAAUGGAUGGACUGAGAGGCCUCCACCUGGACUUUCCUCAUUCUCCCUUCAGUGCUAUUUAUGGGGUGCCAAUUAACAGCCCUGGGACGCUGUACCCGACUGACCUGCCCCCACCGUAUGAGUCUGUGGUAGGGCAGACCCCUGCAAGCCAGGUCACCACCAGCAUCGAACAACAGGCCACGGAAUCCAGUCCAUGUGACAGAAACACAACGGCAGGACUUAGUACUCAGGCCUCAGUGGACAGUGCAUCCCUGAUGGUGUCAGAAGUUGCUGAUCAGGACCACACCGGCUCCUCGGAGGACUUGUGCUCCCUGGAGGUGCAAGGCUCAGACUCCUCUCCCUAUAGCACACCCCACAAUGCGCUCACCGAUGGAAGCUGCACCAGCCUGGAGCUUUGCACGCGCACACGAUGCCACUAUGGCUUAUCAAACACGGAUGCCCGCCCCAGUGACACCGGGUUCAGUGAGUCCUCACACACCCAGGAGUCUCUUGAACGCUCUCCGGACUGGUCCUCGGAAAAUUACAGCAAUCUGGACCAGGAGGAUUCCGCGGAUCACUCUCGCGCUUGUGAGGAACUCAGGCCUGCCAUGCACCUUUGCGACGAGCUUGCAUCCGCCAAACAUUUUCCGGAGGAGCCACCGAAAGUGUCACCACAUUCUCUUAUCAAAGCGCGAAUGAUGAGCCGGAAGCUCCCGCUUGCUGUCGCCACACCUCCGCCUCCCCAGCCUUGCUCCCCGACUUCCGUGGCCUCUUCUGGUGGAACUUCAGCCAUCAGUCCCUUGGCUCCCUCUCCUUCUCCCUCCCCUCCUAGCAGGCUACGAGGCCCCCGGCUGUGUUUCAGUGUAUGGUCCCCGUCCUCUGCUCCACAGCCACCGUCUACCUCAUCUCAAAGCGGAUGUUCACCCUCAGAGAGACCUCGGGUGCUCCGUGCAGCCAGGAGGUGCCGCAAGCUGGCACGUAUUGUCCGCUCCACCAGUGACCCUAUCUCUUGCUCCUCUAAUACCAGAAGAGAGCAUUGGGCUUCUAACUCUUCAAUGAAUCCCUCAGCUGACAAUUCAGCUCAUACAUCACCAGAGCAAGAGCCAUCAGGCGUUUCAUCGGAUGGCGUCGGAGCCAAACCCAGCUGUGCCAAGAAGCAGCAAAAGGAGGGCAAAAAAGCAGACCUCCACCCUAAAAGUAGAGGUCUGCAAGCGCGCUCCCCCCGUGAACAGCCCCAAUCACUGGCUGACCUUAAAAUGUUUAAAGACACUAAAAUAUUAGUGGCCAAGUUCCUAGAGCAUUCCAGCUGCAAUUUAUCACCUGAGGUCCAGCAAGUCGUCAAUAACAUCAAGUGUGUCAUCAAGUCCGAUGAGAAGCACAUGGAGGAGGCGAUAUUUAGUGCCAAUGUCAUAGAUCAGGUGAUGACUCAGCGCAUUAGCGGCAGUCCCAGGAAACGCGGCCAAGAGGAUCUUCACCUUCAAAGCUGCGGUGCUUUGAGUUCAUCGCCUUCCAUGCGCCGUCCCAAACACCUUCAACAAGCCACCAGCACUUCUCCAAACCCCCUAGACUCUCCCACCUUCGAACAAAGCCUCGAGUGCAGGGAAACUAUUCUCUGACCGCCAUCGCCGCCAGGACCCCGGGUCAUCGCUUGUGAGGGCAUUCCAAAGCAGCUGCAGACUUCCCUUUGCUGCGCGCUAAUGCAUAAGUGGUCGGGCACGGCGAGGGGGGAAAUGGUCUCAAGUUAUAUCCCCUUGAGCACCGUGAGACUGUGCAGAGUCAUCAGCAGAAAUGGUAGCAAACUCAAGACUGUGCCUGCCUGGCUAGAGUGGCUUUGUUCUCAUCAGAAAAUAUAAUAGAAUGUUUCUCCCUCAGGAGACUUUUUUUUUUUUUAUACUGAGUUUCUUCGAAAAGAAACACACAGACAGUCAGCUGGGAUCUGUCAAUCACAGGUGUUGUGUUACUCAUGGUACUCUUCUCGUCCCGAUGUGAAACAGGAAGAAAUGUGUUUGUACUCGACUGUGAAGGGAAAAGAAUGUGUUUUACUCGUGGAUUCUGUGGAACGAUUACUGAUAGGGUCGUGAAUAUUUUGUGGCGCCACCGGUUGAAAAACCUUAAAGACGUUUUAACUUACCUCAUUGUGUUACAUUUCUUAUCAGUGUUCAAUAAAGCAUCAG